UAAUGUAGCCUGUGACCUGACCAGCGAUUGGGAUUCGAACCCGGGACUUCUAAUACCAGGUUGUCGGGAGGAGAGGGAUUCGGAUUCAAGAAAAAGGCUUCAGGGAAAAGCGGAAGUUGGGGAAAUAAUUACUGCUAUUUGUCAAGAAAACACACCAUUAAAAGUGUGCGAGAGAGAUAGGAGGGGGGCUGAUGAAACCGGUUCCUUGUGGUCGUUAGAUGUCCAAUUUUCCAGCCCGGUUUCUCUGGGACCAUUUUCAUGAUGGACGACUACUCGGCAAACCAUUUGCGGUCCGAAAUCUCAUCAGAUACGUAAGAUUACAAAACUGCUCUAAUUUAGCUCGCAUAAUUAGGAAAACUUCAUCAAAAGACCUUAAAAACACCCGUAAAAGCUGUCGUUUAGUGGCCGCCGUAUUUGUAUAGAAGGCCCCCUUUUUUGAAAAGGAGUUGGGUUUCAAACGCAUUCAAGCGUGCGAAAACAAUAAGCAAGUUUCUGAGAGUUGAAAAGUUCGGCUUGCUCUGGUACCUUGGCGACUUUCCAUUUCGCCGCGAUGCCCUCUAGAUAUCGCCGGCCCGUGAAAGAACAAGAUUGGGAGAUGGAGAAAUUGAAGCAGUACCUAUAAUUAAACGCAAUGAUAGUUGCAAGUGCGGGUAACAUGGCAAACUGAUUGAGAGAAAUCGAUCCAAAAACCGCUCCCAGCGACGCAAAAUCAUUCCCGGACGAACAAAUCAACUUGGCAACUUUUCCCAUUUCUCUGUCUAAUAAAAGAUUUUAGUUAAAUCUAGAGCAGCGAGAGAGAAAUUACGUUCAAUUCCGCUCACUUUUAACUAAUAGGCAACUGACAGCGUUUUGUUAUUUUUGUUAGGAGAAAAAUUGAAGUCUUGGCAACUGAUAUAUUCUAGUCCAGUUAUCCUUCCGAGUUUGCAUCCCUCUAAAGGACUUCGAACAAUGUUAUAUAAUUGUUACAAAUACUUUAAAUCGUUAUGAACAAUAGCUGAGUUAAUGUCGUACAUUUAAAACGUGCUUGAGUGGAAUUCCAAAACUUAUUUUUAGCAUCGUUUGUAGCUUGAAAAAUUACAGCCUCGAGAAUUAUUUGACUUCUACGUUUUAUGUCUAAGAUCUGUCGUAAAAUCCCCGGAUUUAGGCCACCAAGCUUUCGUUAUUAUAUACAAACAGACGGAUUAGAUUGUCAUAAUAGUUACAUCCUAGUUUAGUUUAGUUUAACAGCUAUAUUUGUCGCACUUAUUUCGCCAACAAAAGCCUUUUAUUUUCACAAAACAAAUGUCAUACUUAAGAAUCGGCUACAAAAAACUUGGCACGGUCACUGUAUUUAUUGCACAUUUGUGGUGAAAAUAGAAUUAGGAAACCCACAAUCAUCAGACUCUAGUGUUCGCAGCUGUUUCCCAACUACUACCGGCACUUGCUACCGAAAUAUUUUUCCUCAAAACGAAACGAUUAUUCGUUUCAGCAGGAAAAGAUUGUGAAGUAAGUUCUUGGAGAAUUUAGAAGAAUUGUGUCACGGCGUGCGGGUUAACAUUGGAACCUUAUAGGGCACCAGACAGAACGUGGGGAGAAGACAAAGUACUGUCCUGAACGGGGUACCCAUAAUGUACAUAUCUGUCCUAAUACAAACAUAGUUAGACGGGGUGUCGGAAUUACACAACUGUAUUGGCGCCGUCAGCUCGGAAAAGAAAACAACUGUCCUUCUAUGAGGAUGGUCAUGUAUGUAGGAUGGUCACUCGGGUGGUCACUUCAAGUGAAAGUUGAUACGGGGCGAGAAGUAUAAGUUUUCUGAAUAAUGCAGACUCUGGCCUUGGACACGUCCUGAUUAGAAAGGGGAGGAGUUAGGUAAAAUGAAAGACAAAGUUAAGAUGUCAGUCGUUUUCCCUCCUCUGGGUUGUGUCAGGGUUUGGCGCCAUUGAAGGAAAGGAAAGGGGUUUUUGACCUAGGGUUGAUGUCAGCGCUUGGUUUGGUCCUUUGUGUGCGCUAUGGGUCUGUGAGAAGAGCGCAAACGAUUCCAAGUGCCGAGUUGCAUUAGCUGUGACAACUACUAGCGUCGCCUGAAUGCAGGGGCGCGCGGGAAUCACCCUGAGUUUUCUAUGUUUACAAGAAGCGGGAAAAAUGCCGCAGGAAUGAUAUCUUUUUAGUUAAGGUCAAGUGAGAUCAAGCCGAACACGGGGUGACCACGGAACCCCCGUCAACAAACCGUUUAUAAAAGUAUUUAUCAUUCGAAGCGAAGCCAUUAGGAGUAGGGCCCUAUCCAUCAAACUGCACAUGCUAACUAUAGGUCACGGAGCCCGCUUGUGAUUGGGCGCCGCUGUCACGUGGUGGGAUCGCCAAGACAAGAUGACAGCUCGGGGGAGGGCUGACCAUAACAGAAAUACGACAACACCAGAAAAAUUAUUAUUUUCCACCCUAGAAAUUAAUGAUCAUGAGUUCGUUCUUGAUGAACUCUGGCUACGUUGACCCAAAGUUUCCUCCCGUAGAAGAAUACUCGCAAAAUAGCUAUAUCCCGAGUCAAAUUCCUGACUACUACGGCACGCCAAGUCCUCAGCGCGCUCAGAACUAUGGGCCGACGGCGUAUCAGCGUGCUACGUACACGGAGACGUCGUACAACCAAGUAAGUCAGGCCGCCAGAAAUGUGCCACCGCCGCAGCCUAGCCAUGGCCCGGCACCGGGACCCGGGCCCGGACCGGAGACACCACCGCCCCACAGCCGGCCGACAUCCACCCUCAGUACGGUACAACACAACCACAGCGCCCCGCCGCCUCCUAGCCAACCGACACCGCCUCCUGCUACCUCUACCACCGCCACCACUACCGUCUCCGACGGCGGCAGUCCCCCCUCCAACGGUCCGCCCACAGUCCCGAUGGUCUACCCCUGGAUGAAGAAAGUCCACUCCAACACCGGGAGCACGUCGUACAAUGGACAGGACACCAAGCGGUCUCGGACAGCAUACACACGCCAGCAGGUUCUAGAGCUGGAAAAGGAGUUUCACUUCAACCGGUACCUGACGCGGAGGCGACGGAUAGAGAUUGCACACUCUCUGGGACUGACGGAGCGACAGAUCAAGAUCUGGUUCCAGAACCGCCGGAUGAAGUGGAAGAAGGACAACAGGCUCCCCAACACCAAGACCCGGUCGUCCUCGGCGUCGGGCGGUAGCGGAGCGGGCGUCAACGGUUCAGUAGUACGACACAACCAUCACGGGGUCUCUCAGGGUAUUGUCUCUGAACACGGCAUGAUAGAACUCUAACACACAAGGCUUGUCAAUCGUGAGUUUCUCCAAAAAAUGUCAAAAUCGAAGUACCAGCAACAUUCUUUCUCUCUCGUCCUGAGACGAGGCAGUAUUUAUUAUUAUACGAGCUGAAGUAUUUAUAUUUCACAACAUCUCGAGUGUAAAUUAUUAGAAAAGUUGUGUAUAUGUGUCCCCCUAGCGUUGUAGUGGUAGAGAUAGUGUAGGGGCUUUUUGCAAUACAUGAGAGAGAAGUGUACUAUAUCAUAUGGACGAUAGAAAGAGCCCCCCACCCCACCCAUCAUAUGUAGUAACACGUGUACCAGUGAGUUCCUUUUGUCCGAGUCUAUCCGUUAUCUUGACCAUGUAUUGAUGUGAAAGUGUGUGUGAGCGUGUUCUUGUACUUCAUUCGCUGUCUACUAUAAUCUGCUGCCGACUUCUUAGCCAAAGACUGUAUAGAGUAAGCGUAUAAUUUCCACCGGUGUCCUUUUUCAUCCGCGUGCAAGCGACACCUAGUACCUAGGGAGUUUUCACCCGUUUAAAUAUCACUAACUGUCUAAAAUUUCAUGCCGACCAUACGCAUGGCUUACGUGAACAAAAGUUGUAUACCUAAGUCAUAUUGAUGCACAAUGUUACCAAAAAAAUGUCUCAGGGUUAUUAAGAAUACAAUCGUUGUAUAUUUUCUGAUUGAGCUUUGUAUGUGAAUCGGUUGAUAUUAUUAUUAUUAUUAUGAUUGUUAUAUUGUGUGAUCCCGAUGUAUUAGUGUUUUGAAUUAUGCUGUAGUCGUUUUGCUACUUCUCUACCCAUCUACCCAUCUAUAGUUUGUGCCAUUUGGAUUCCCUUCAACCAAUGACGUAAUGAGGAGGGUUGCCCAUAGUAACUAGAAGAAAAAACUCGUGACACGUUUGAAGAAAUGCCACCCCUGUGUUGCUAAUAUCUAAUAAAUUAUCUGAACACUUGA